AUACAAAAGCUAUGGUGAUUUGUGGAGCAGCACUCUUCUUAGCAAUUAUUGACUUAGCUUUUACAGAUGACGGGAAAUUAGUGGAUUCAGACCAGGCUGAAAUAAAAAAGAGAAUGGCGCCAGAAAUAGACUAUGAAGGAUACAAUCCCUACAAUGACCUAUCCGAUGAAGACUUAGCAGAGCUUAUUAAACGUGGCAGUCUUCUUCGGUUCGGAAAACGUGGAAGCCUUCUCAGAUUUGGAAAGCGCGGGAGUCUGCUCAGAUUCGGCAAGCGAAGGUCUAUCCUUCGCUACGGAAAACGCUUCGACGACCAAGAUGAAAAUAUGGAAUUGCCCCUCGAGGAUUAUGCGAACACCGAAAACGAGGACAAAAGGGGGAGUUUAUUCCGUUUUGGAAAACGGAGGGCUCUUUUCCGGUACGGACGAAGUGCAGACAAACCCCAUACUCCAUUCCGAUUUGGAAGGGAAGAAGACUAUUGAAAGAAGUUGAUAUUAAAAUCCGACCUAUAGAUGAACAUAUAUUUUUUAAACAGAAGAAACUUUCUGUGAUGACGAAUACGUUUUAGGAUACCGUCAGCUGUUCAUUUUCAUUGAUGUACGAAAUGUUUAUUACAGUGUUGGUCAAAUAACAUUUAGUUUAUAUAAAUAUAUCAAUCUUCAAGAUGGCUGUAGAAGUUCGAUCACUGUGGGUGAAAAUACCUAUUAGAAAUAAAGUUACUGAUGAUGGGGUCACUGCGGAUAUAUCAUCCUUUGUUAUCCGAUGUAUUACCUCCUAAACUGUUCCAAGUAAGAUACAGGAAAUAGACAUUGUGAAGACUUUUUAAGUCAGUAAAUCUAUGUGUAAAUGUCAUUAAGAACUGUACAAAGAAAUAGUUCCGACUGAAGAGUGACUCUAUAACAACUGUCAUACGCAUUGUUUAUAGAUCUGUGCGAUAGGAAACUCUAUAAAAUACGUCUUAACCUACAAAUCUUGAAUAUGUUUGCAAAAUAUCGUUUUACGAACAGUGACAUUUCAAAAUAGAUAAAACAAAUUCCAAAGUGUGGUAAAUUG